CGCCUCUUCACGGAAGCACUCAGAAUUAGUGGUCGAUAGAAAAUAAAGAGUAACAGGGGUGAUCGUAGAAGAUUCGUAACGAAACAGACUUAAAAUGGAUUUCAACGUUAAAAAAUUAGUAAAAGAUGCUGGUGCUGCACUUAGCAGGGUUGUGCAGUUGACAGAAGAAACAUUGGGAACAUCAGAGAAAACUGAAUUAGAUGCACAUUUAGAAUAUCUUUCAGAAAGAGCAAAUGCCACAAAAACAUGGACUGAAAAAAUUCUUAGGAAUAUGGAGUCAGUGCUUACUCCAAACCCAGGCAAUAGAAUUGAAGACUUCUUUUUUGAAAAGAUUGAUAAGAAGAAACCUAAUAGGUUGAGCAAUUUAGAAUAUGUGGGUAUGGAUAUGAUAGAAGCUGGAAAUGACUUUGGUCCAGGAAUUGCUUAUGGUAGUGCAUUAAUAAAAGUUGGUCAGUGUGAACAAAAAUUAGGACAGAUUGAAAGGAGUUUUAUUGAAGCUGCAGCUAAUUGUUAUAUACAACCUUUAAGGAAGUUUUUAGAAGGUGAAAUGAAAACUGUUACCAAAGAGAUGUCUAUAUUAGAAAAUAAACGAUUGGACUUAGAUGCCUGUAAGAAUAGAGUGAGGAAGGCGAGAAGUAUGCUUGGCCAGCAGAGUGCAGAGAGGGAGCUGAGAGUAGCACAGUCGGAGUUCGACCGUCAAGCAGAAAUUGUGAAAUUGUUGCUAGAAGGAGUUUCAAGUUCUCAAGCUGGACACUUGCGUUGUUUGCAUGAAUUUGUUGAGGCACAAGCCCGUCACUACGCUCAGUGCCACGCAACAAUGCAAGAUUUACAACGUGAACUCGCCGGCUUAUCUGGGGGUCCUUAUCAUCCGACAACCCCACCAACAUCCAACGCAUCAACGGCAUCAAAUGGUCAAGAACGUGCAAGGGUAUUGUACGAUUAUGAUGCGAGGGAUUCUAGCGAAUUAAGUGUCAUGCAAGACGAGGUAACGAAGUUUGUGAUUUAGAUAAGAGGAAGCAUGUUACAUUAAGGCCAUAUAAAUGACAUGUAUCAUUAUUAAAAGUGAUGUUGAUUUAUAGCUUUCUUGAUGAAAAAAGAUUUAUCUUAAAAAUUCACCUCCAAAUUAUUUAAUUAGUCUUGCAAGAAAUUUCUACAAUUAGUGAAUGCUGUCAAUUGAUGCAUUUUUAGAAACUUUUAUGAAAGCACAUCUAAUACGUAGUUUGUAUGUUCGAUAGCUACCAGGUUCAGUGCAAUGUAAUACAUUUUGUAAUCCACUUUACUAUUAAUACAACCUUAAGUAAGGGUUCUCACAUAACUUAAAAGUGAAUUUUGAAACAUAUCUGUAGCCUAAAGAGUUUUUCAUAUGUAAAAUAGAAGUAGAACACUAAAAAAAUAAUGUAAAUAAAUUCUUAUACCUUUGUGUAUCGCUCGAAUUGCAAGAUAUUGUAAAGUAAAUGGAAUAAGUAUGUUAGAACUAUGUAAGAUACUCAAGUAAAAUAGUUUAAGUACCCUGUAUGUUAAAAUCUGCAUUUUUAUAGGUUUGGCAAUAUAAUUUUAAGAAUUGUGCAUGAUACCUGUAUCUUAGUCUUUUUAAGUUUUAUAUAUGUAUAUUAGUUUUCUUAUCUUUGUUAAAUUUAUUCUUAAUGUUUAAUACUUGCAUUUGUUCUGGUUCGUUUGUAUAUUUGUUUAAAUAUCAGAAAUUGUUAUGCCUAUACAUUUAGUAUGCAUAUAAACAAAUAUAUAUAUGUAUAUUUAUUCGAAUCUUGCAUGUAUCAAAUAAAUCGUCAUUUCAUUUCGUUAAAUGUAUUUUAUUUGUUUCCAACCUUAUCAAUACUUUCAGCUUCUAUGGCUUGCUGAUUUUGAAUUAACUUUUUAAGUCGCAACGAAUCGCAUUUUAGAUCUUUGGCUUAAAAUUUCAUCAAAUUCAACUAUCUUUUAGGUAAUUACUGUUAUUCAAAUACCUGGUGACGAAGACUACGUUAUGGGUACAAGAGGAAAUCAACAAGGAAAAGUACCCAAAGCAUAUUUAGAAACGCUUAUUGUUUGUGGA